AUGCAGUUUGUGGGCGAGGAGCUCAGACGCCAUUGGCGGGCGGGUGCGUCAGAGAGCUGUCAGGCCGGCGCCGUCCAGACGACGGGGGUUGAAGAGGCGUCCCACGCUGACUCGGCGCGGCUGGGGUUGGCACCCCCGGAUUUAGUGCCGCCCUUCUCCGCCCCACCUCCCCUGCCGCGCACCGGGUCCCGUGUCCGGCCGGUGGAGAGAGUGCUCACCUCGGCCACCUAUAGCCCACCUCCCCUGCCGCGCUCCGGGUCCCGUGUCCGGCCGGUGGAGAGAGUGCUCACCUCGGCCACCUAUAGCCCACCUCCCCUGCCGCGCACCGGGUCCCGUGUCCGGCCGGUGGAGAGAGUGCUCACCUCGGCCACCUAUAGCCCACCUCCCCUGCCGCGCUCCGGGUCCCGUGUCCGGCCGGUGGAGAGAGUGCUCACCUCGGCCACCUAUAGCCCACCUCCCCUGCCGCGCACCGGGUCCCGUGUCCGGCCGGUGGAGAGAGUGCUCACCUCGGCCACCUAUAGCCCACCUCCCCUGCCGCGCUCCGGGUCCCGUGUCCGGCCGGUAAAGAGAGUGCUCACCUCGGCCACCUAUAGCCCACCUCCCCUGCCGCGCACCGGGUCCCGUGUCCGGCCGGUGGAGAGAGCGCUCACCUCGGCCACCUAUAGCCCACCUCCCCUGCCGCGCUCCGGGUCCCGUGUCCGGCCGGUGGAGAGAGUGCUCACCUCGGCCACCUAUAGCCCACCUCCCCUGCCGCGCACCGGGUCCCGUGUCCGGCCGGUGGAGAGAGUGCUCACCUCGGCCACCUAUAGCCCACCUCCCCUGCCGCGCUCCGGGUCCCGUGUCCGGCCGGUGGAGAGAGUGCUCACCUCGGCCACCUAUAGCCCACCUCCCCUGCCGCGCACCGGGUCCCGUGUCCGGCCGGUGGAGAGAGUGCUCACCUCGGCCACCUAUAGCCCACCUCCCCUGCCGCGCUCCGGGUCCCGUGUCCGGCCGGUGGAGAGAGUGCUCACCUCGGCCACCUAUAGCCCACCUCCCCUGCCGCGCACCGGGUCCCGUGUCCGGCCGGUGGAGAGAGUGCUCACCUCGGCCACCUAUAGCCCACCUCCCCUGCCGCGCUCCGGGUCCCGUGUCCGGCCGGUGGAGAGAGUGCUCACCUCGGCCACCUAUAGCCCACCUCCCCUGCCGCGCACCGGGUCCCGUGUCCGGCCGGUGGAGAGAGUGCUCACCUCGGCCACCUAUAGCCCACCUCCCCUGCCGCGCUCCGGGUCCCGUGUCCGGCCGGUAAAGAGAGUGCUCACCUCGGCCACCUAUAGCCCACCUCCCCUGCCGCGCACCGGGUCCCGUGUCCGGCCGGUGGAGAGAGCGCUCACCUCGGCCACCUAUAGCCCACCUCCCCUGCCGCGCACCGGGUCCCGUGUCCGGCCGGUGGAGAGAGUGCUCACCUCGGCCACCUAUAGCCCACCUCCCCUGCCGCGCACCGGGUCCCGUGUCCGGCCGGUGGAGAGAGUGCUCACCUCGGCCACCUAUAGCCCACCUCCCCUGCCGCGCUCCGGGUCCCGUGUCCGGCCGGUAAAGAGAGUGCUCACCUCGGCCACCUAUAGCCCACCUCCCCUGCCGCGCACCGGGUCCCGUGUCCGGCCGGUGGAGAGAGCGCUCACCUCGGCCACCUAUAGCUCACCUCCCCUGCCGCGCACCGGGUCCCGUGUCCGGCCGGUGGAGAGAGUGCUCACCUCGGCCACCUAUAGCCCACCUCCCCUGCCGCGCACCGGGUCCCGUGUCCGGCCGGUGGAGAGAGUGCUCACCUCGGCCACCUAUAGCCCACCUCCCCUGCCGUGCUCCGGGUCCCGUGUCCGGCCGGUGGAGAGAGUGCUCACCUCGGCCACCUAUAGCCCACCUCCCCUGCCGCGCACCGGGUCCCGUGUCCGGCCGGUGGAGAGAGUGCUCACCUCGGCCACCUAUAGCCCACCUCCCCUGCCGCGCUCCGGGUCCCGUGUCCGGCCGGUGGAGAGAGUGCUCACCUCGGCCACCUAUAGCCCACCUCCCCUGCCGCGCACCGGGUCCCGUGUCCGGCCGGUGGAGAGAGUGCUCACCUCGGCCACCUAUAGCCCACCUCCCCUGCCGCGCUCCGGGUCCCGUGUCCGGCCGGUGGAGAGAGUGCUCACCUCGGCCACCUAUAGCCCACCUCCCCUGCCGCGCACCGGGUCCCGUGUCCGGCCGGUGGAGAGAGUGCUCACCUCGGCCACCUAUAGCCCACCUCCCCUGCCGCGCUCCGGGUCCCGUGUCCGGCCGGUAAAGAGAGUGCUCACCUCGGCCACCUAUAGCCCACCUCCCCUGCCGCGCACCGGGUCCCGUGUCCGGCCGGUGGAGAGAGCGCUCACCUCGGCCACCUAUAGCCCACCUCCCCUGCCGCGCACCGGGUCCCGUGUCCGGCCGGUGGAGAGAGCGCUCACCUCGGCCACCUAUAGCCCACCUCCCCUGCCGCGCACCAGGUCCCGUGUCCGGCCGGUGGAGAGAGUGCUCACCUCGGCCACCUAUAGCCCACCUCCCCUGCCGCGCACCGGGUCCCGUGUCCGGCCGGUGGAGAGAGCGCUCACCUCGGCCACCUAUAGCCCACCUCCCCUGCCGCGUACCGGGUCCCGUGUCCGGCCGGUGGAGAGAGUGCUCACCUCGGCCACCUAUAGCCCACCUCCCCUGCCGCGCACCGGGUCCCGUGUCCGGCCGGUGGAGAGAGUGCUCACCUCGGCCACCUAUAGCCGACCUCCCCUGCCGCGCACCGGGUCCCGUGUCCGGCCGGUGGAGAGAGUGCUCACCUCGGCCACCUAUAGCCCACCUCCCCUGCCGCGCACCGGGUCCCGUGUCCGGCCGGUGGAGAGAGUGCUCACCUCGGCCACCUAUAGCCCACCUCCCCUGCCGCGCACCGGGUCCCGUGUCCGGCCGGUGGAGAGAGCGCUCACCUCGGCCACCUAUAGCCCACCUCCCCUGCCGCGCACCGGGUCCCGUGUCCGGCCGGUGGAGAGAGCGCUCACCUCGGCCACCUAUAGCCCACCUCCCCUGCCGCGCACCGGGUCCCGUGUCCGGCCGGUGGAGAGAGUGCUCACCUCGGCCACCUAUAGCCCACCUCCCCUGCCGCGCACCGGGUCCCGUGUCCGGCCGGUGGAGAGAGUGCUCACCUCGGCCACCUAUAGCCCACCUCCCCUGCCGCGCUCCGGGUCCCGUGUCCGGCCGGUGGAGAGAGUGCUCACCUCGGCCACCUAUAGCCCACCUCCCCUGCCGCGCACCGGGUCCCGUGUCCGGCCGGUGGAGAGAGUGCUCACCUCGGCCACCUAUAGCCCACCUCCCCUGCCGCGCACCGGGUCCCGUGUCCGGCCGGUGGAGAGAGUGCUCACCUCGGCCACCUAUAGCCCACCUCCCCUGCCGCGCUCCGGGUCCCGUGUCCGGCCGGUGGAGAGAGUGCUCACCUCGGCCACCUAUAGCCCACCUCCCCUGCCGCGCUCCGGGUCCAGUGUCCGGCCGGUGGAGAGAGUGCUCACCUCGGCCACCUAUAGCCCACCUCCCCUGCCGCGCUCCGGGUCCCGUGUCCGGCCGGUGGAGAGAGCGCUCACCUCGGCCACCUAUAGCCCACCUCCCCUGCCGCGCACCGGGUCCCGUGUCCGGCCGGUGGAGAGAGUGCUCACCUCGGCCACCUAUAGCCCACCUCCCCUGCCGCGCUCCGGGUCCCGUGUCCGGCCGGUGGAGAGAGUGCUCACCUCGGCCACCUAUAGCCCACCUCCCCUGCCGCGCACCGGGUCCCGUGUCCGGCCGGUGGAGAGAGUGCUCACCUCGGCCACCUAUAGCCCACCUCCCCUGCCGCGCUCCGGGUCCGGUGUCCGGCCGGCGGAGAGAACGCACGACAGGGCGACGUUGCCGGCUGGGCGGCUGUCGGGCCGGCUACCACGCGAGGCGACAGAUGAUUAA